GAUCACGUUGAACACUGUGUCUCGGUGUAUAGAUGCGAGCGAAGGGAGUGGUGGGGCUGCUGCUGGCUCUCUCCUUGUUAGCCGGACGAGCAAAUGGAUUCUUCCCGAAAAAAUGGCUGGCCUCCUUUGCAUCGAUUUUCGCAAAAGAACGCACUAUUAGUCACGUGCAAAUGACCACUACAGCUAUCGAGGUGGUGGUGGAAGAAAUGGCAAAGGCUAAAGAAUCCAUAACUGGCUACAAGGUAAACUACAAAGGUACCCCGAGCUAUAAUCUAGCGAAGGAUGUCAUUUUAACAUCGAAUGCAAACACAGAUUCAGAAAAAAACACAAAAAAUGAUCCAAGAUACCAUUUUGAUGCAGAGAAGUUCGUAGGUGCCCUCGAGAUAAUGAUCAAGAAUCGAAACAGAUUAAUUGCAUUGCUCAGGAAAAAUGAAAUAACAACUGCGGACUACAUCACAGCACGACAGCUGACGGGAACCAUUCUCCACACAUUGCAGGAUUUCUACAGCCAUUCAAACUGGAUUGAAAUGGGAAACACAAAGCCAAAAGAUAACAUAUUUAGCAAUGAUUUCUCAGAAAAAGAAGUUGCUGGACCAGAUGUGCGCACGUGCACAAACUGUGGGACAAAUUGUGUAAACAAUAUAAGACCGGAAAUAAAUUCGAAAAGCCUUCUUACCAGCGGAUAUUAUUCAUCUCAGAAGAUCGGGACUAUUACUGUCCCAAAGCCUAAAGGAAAAUGGAAGUGCAGCCAUGGAGGGCUUCUCGAUUUCACAAGGUUGACCGAAGCUAAGGGGGGUAUUAACAAAGACGGUUCCCUUAAACUCUUUUCACCACACUACUAUCUGCAUCAAACAGCUGUCGAUGUGGCAACAAAAGCAACCAUCAAGUUCUUCAGAGAUCUCAGAAGUGAAGUAGACAAUGACCUUGCUUUCGGAAGGUAUUUGGGAUUUGAGCAAACAACAUCAAUUGGAUUUGUGAUUGACACUACUGGCAGCAUGGGACCCUUCAUAAGUAAUGUUCGCACCGAAGUCUUAAGGAUCAUUGAUGAGCGUGCCCAAAACGGCGAGCUGCCUGCGAUGUUUAUGCUCGUGCCUUUUAAUGACCCAGGUUAUGGUCCAGUUCUUGUCUCCAAAAACGUAACUGAAUUCCGAAAAUGGAUUUCAGCACUCUUCCCCUAUGAUGGCGGUGAUGAGCCAGAAAUGUUUUUUUCUGGAUUGAUGCUGUGCCUGAAUGCCAUUGAGCCACACUCGGAGAUAUUCAUCUUCACGGAUGCAUCUGCAAAAGAUGCGUAUCUGGUGCCACAAGCGGUUGCCAUUGGAGUGAGAAAGAAAUGCAAAGUGAAUGUUGUGCACGUGAGAUGGCCAAGAUAUAUGCGCUCUUUGGACAAUCAGGGAAACUUCCAGCGAACACGCACACUUACAUACCCUGAAUAUGACGAAAUUGCUUUUAGUACUGGGGGUUUGAUGUUGAAUCCAACGAGUACGGAAUUUCAAGAACUAAUGGUAGUCAUCGGAGACCUCACAAAGACGCAGCAGGUGAACCUUUUAAAUGUCCGUCAUGUUGAUACAACGACCAGCAAAGUCCUUACAUUUCCAGUUGACAAUUCUGUGAGCGACAUUGUCAUUUUCUAUACGGGGACAGUCUCUGCAUCACCUAUCAUUACGAUUUCUGAUCCAUCAGGUACAAUGAAUAGUGCAGUUGCAGGAAAUACAACACUUUUAUCGACCCAAGUAUCUGGAAGCACUUUUAUCAUUCGCUUAAAGGAGCCAAAAAUUUGUGGAGUUUGGAAAAUUCAGAUCACAUCACCGGGAACUUCAAGUUUACGUAUCAUCGGACAAAGCUCUUUGAAUUUCAUCUACAAGUUUGGAGUUGAAGAUGAUGUCGGGCCGCACCCUGGUAUAAGGGUUAUCACGAAUAAACCAUCAACAGGCGUGCCGCUAUUGGUGGAAGUCACCAUUACAGGCGAAGACACCAGCAGUGCUGUUGCUGAGACGCUGGCGCUGCUAGCACCUGAUGGUCGACCUCUUCAAAUUAUUUUGUUGAACGACACCAGCGCAGGAGACUAUAUUGGAAGGAUUGACUCCCUCCCAGUGGACGAGUUCUCUGUGUACGUCAGCGGGAAGGACUCGAGAAAUGACACCUUUGGUCGAGUAUUUCCAACAGUUUCUCAAGUCACCACGAUAACACUAGAGAUUGUUUCACCAACGCCUUAUCCAAAGAUCGCCAUUGACAUCCCAACCUACCUUAAUGUGUCCGUCACUAACUCUGGUGAUGCUGACACAUUCACAGCUACAGUCAGUGUGGGCCCUGGCUUCAUUGUCAGUAUUCUUCCUUCGUAUAGAUUCAACAUCAACAGGAACAGCUCCGUAAUUUUAACGCUGAAGCUAGAAACCAAUUCUACAGUGGAAAUCGGAACGAUUGGCGCAUUUUUACUGGUAGUUCACGGAGCAAACUCUACCUCCAACUUCAUCGAUUUUCAAGCUCAACUUCUAAAGUAUGAUGAUGAUUCAUUUCCAACCUGUGAAAUUAUGGCUCAAAGAAAAUGCCCGAAGAUGCUCGAGGUCACGAAGUGCAAAACCAGCACGUGGAACGCGACCAUCCAGUUCAAUGACACUGGGUCGGGAAUCAAAAUAAUAGAUCCACCUGGUGACAUGAGCAACAUCACUGUCGGGAAGACGUUGACCAAGAGCUAUUCCGGAGACUGCUGCAACACGGUGUUUAGCGUUAAUGUCACAGAUAUGGCUGAGAACUUACGUGUGUGCUCCUACGACAUGAAAGCAUCAGCAGGGAUUACGAUGUUCCAUAUUGGCAUUUGGCAAAUAGUCAUAUUUACAUUUGGCCUGGCACUAAGUGGAAUUACUAAUGUCAUGUGAUUUCAAAUGUUUGACAUGUGGAUUACAAGCAAGACAUGUGUCUAUUUUGUGGGAGAAAAUAUUAUUGUCCUCUUCAUGUGUAGUGAUAUAAAAUUUUCAACACAAGACCUGGCAAUAUAUUUACACUAAUUAUGUGAGGUCUGAUGCAAGUAAUACAUAAAAUAGGGAUCAGAUAAUGUUGUCUCCCCACACUUCAAUACUGGUACAGGGAUAAUUUUACAGGGAACAUUUAAAAUGUCGAUUUUUUUGUAUUAAUAUUUUGAGGUGAUCAAUAUUUAAUAUUGUGGGUAUUGUAGCAAAUGUGGAUGGAUGUGUUAAAAAAAUAUAUAGACUACUGAUCAAGCAGCUGUAAUGAAGUAAAGUGCUAUUGCCCCAUGUCAGAAGUUAAUGUGCUUGCAUUGUUAUCUCAGGAGAAACAUGAACGAAGACCCGUGGGCGUGGCAAAUUAUGCUAAACUGUCAGAGAAUAUCUGGUCAAUCACAUAUUGCUUUUAUAUAUGAUUAUAUGGGUUUAGUCCGAUAAGUGGUUGAUUUAAUUGCCUUGAAAAUAAGAAACACUGUGAAUGUAUCAGUUUUAUGAAUGGUUAGAAUUUCUGUUGCAAAUGGUGGAAGGGAGUGGUAAAAACCUACGCAUUAGUGGCACAGCAUGUGUUGGUCUGACUUGUCAAAACGUUGGGAGAACAGCUGUCUCUAUUACCUCUAUCUUCGCACAAUCAUGUGGUUUAAUAACAAGAGCAAAUACAAUUUACUUUUGAUUACUAGUACUUCAUGCGGUGUUAAACAACAUAGUGUGGCAGGUCAACAUUAGGCAGUGCAAUAAAUCCAUUCUUAUCGUUUACUAUGCUUCACGCCAUUGCCAAGCAGCACUGGCCCGCAUGCUGAAGCAUGGUCAUAAAAUUCCCCCGACCCGCAUGGCAUGCAUAGGGAGGCCCUCAUUCACCAUUGUUUUUAAAAAGGGCACAUAUUUGUGGUACUAUGAAACAAUCAAAUACUCUUGAAGGUACAGAAUUGCCCACACGUCUUAUUCCCGACACAGUUUAUUUGGGUAAUUUAAAAUGUGCCUGUAUGGACUAUUGCAUGUUAUUAUAAUGAGCAAAGUGAGACGAUUGAUAUUGCCAUCACCAUCAUUGCUGGAUCAAUUAUUCCACACACCAUGUUAAAAUAAAGCAACAAAAACGUAGAAAUGUAAUGCAAUAGUAUUACACACGAGGUUCAGUAUCCGAUGUAAUGCACCAAAAUCAUAGUUUUGCAUGAGAUUGUUUGGUUUCGUUUUUUUAUAAUAGAAAAUAAUGAUUUUAACUUUGUAAUGCGUUCACUCAUUCUUCAAGAGAGAGACAGCUCAGAGGUGUGAGCAACCACAGACAAGCAGGAAAGGAAGCCGCAGCAAGCCGAUUAAAAAUUAUCCCCCUUCAAGCUCUGCAGUCCUCUAUAUAUGAAGGUGUUAUCGGCCAAAAUGUGGGUGGUGAUUACAUGGGGGAGAAAAUCGGAGCACCCAGAGAAAAUCUACACAUGCGUGGGAGCAACACUCUAUCCUAUACAGAUAGAAAAGGGGGAGUCCACAGUCUUGCCUACCACAUUCUUCUGACAAUCCAGGGUAUGGCACCUCAACGUCCACGAGAAGGGAGUUUCAUAGCAUGUGUGAUUCACCAACCUUCACUGCCUCGCUGACAUACGAAAGAACAAGAAGAAGCUGCCUCCACAGUGCUGGAAUAGAGGCGUGUGCCACCACCAUCUGGCAAAUUAUGAAAGGCACUAAUGGCCCCGGUGAAGAAAGGUAAACUUAAAAUAAAUUCACUAAAUAAUAUGGUAACAA